AUGUCUAGCCCUUGUGAAUUGGUGUUACCCUAUGGGGAGUUGGACCAAAAAUGUGACAAGGGAUUGGUCUUUCCAUGUGGGAAUGGGUUAAUACACACAUUGCCUUUACGAGAAAAUCACCUGAAGGUUAUGAUAGACAACAUCGAUAGUAGAUAUGAAAACUUUCCUCUUCCUGUGAUGACAAAAGAAGUUGCUAACCUACAAGGGGCGGUUGGCACUGUAAUUCAAUGGCCUCAGAUUGCAAUUAUUCUUGCAAAGGAACAAAGAGCGAAGAAACAAAUUCCAACCACAUGUUUGGUGCCAACAAUUGCAAGGGCUGGUACAAACAAGAACAUACCAAACCAAACAUCCAGCAAGGCGAGGCCGAUUGAAUAUCUUCGUGAUUGCUUGAAGACCAACCAAGCGGUUAACAUUGUAGCCGAUUCUGGGAUUUUAGAAGUCGGGACAUAUGAUUUUUCGGUUACAUGUGAAGAAUAUUUUCGACUACUGAGAAAACAAACAAUUGAUGCUUCCAUCAUAACUGCUUGGCAACUGAUUCUUCAUUCAAUGGUUCGGACACCUAUGAACAAAUGUGCUUUCUUGAACCCUUAUAAUAUUCUAGGGGAGGCAUGCCAGAAAAACCCAGAGGGUGUCAUUAGUUAUCUUGUUGAUUCCAUUCGUCUGCACCACGGAAAAUUGUUUCUCAUUGCACCAUAUUUGCAAAAGGCUUUCAUGAGGUAUGAAAAAGACACUCCAACUCCAAUUGGAUGGAUUUUUGCUAAGUGCAACCAACAACUUGGUGGUUUAGAGAGCGGGCAUUAUGUAAUGCGAUGGAUGUUUGAUUUCUUGACGACAAGACAACAUGGAUUUCCUAGUAAAUUCGGUAGCAUUUGGGAUGACAAAAGUCCCUUUGAGGAAAAGGUGUUGCUUGCAACUAUUGCUACCUGGUCUAGAGAGUUUUUGAAUAACUAUAUGAAUGAUGUCCUCUAA